AUGACUGCUCAGAACAAACCUCGCCUCGUCAUCAUUGGCUCCGGAUGGGCAGGGUUCUAUUUGGCCGAAAACAUCGAUCUCAAUGCCUACUCCAUCACCCUGAUUUCCCCACGUCGCACAUCAGCAUACACGCCACUCCUCGCUUCUGCGGCGGUAGGUCUGUUCAAUUUCUACCUGGCCGAAGAGCCGGUACGCAGCAAAGCGCGGUCGGCGUUGCGCUUCAUCAAAGCCAAUGUUCUCGACGUCAAUUUCCAGACAAAGACCUGUCGCUGUGCACCGGCCUUUGAUGAAGAUCCCCAACUCGCCAACGAUGAGUUCGACGUCGAGUAUGAUUACCUCCUGAUGGCGCCCGGGUGUAUUCCCAACACGUUCGACACGCCCGGUGUGGCUGAGAACGCCAUCUUCAUCAAGAACGUGUCGGAUGCGAUGAGGGUGCGCAAGACGCUCUUUGACUUGCUCGAGAAGGCCUCUCUUCCCAACGUCACACCCGAACGUGCGCGCGAGCUACUCCACAUCGCCAUAGUCGGUGGCGGCCCCACUGGCAUCGAGCUCACAGCUGAACUGGACGAUUUGUGCCAGGACGAGCUGCGGUUGACGUACCCACUUGUGGCACAGUACGUUAGUAUCUCCGUGUACGACGUGGCGCCGAACAUCUUGAGCGCGUACGACAACAAACUGCACGAAUACGCCACAAGUCAGCUGGAAAGGCGCCACAUCGACGUCGCACCGAACACGAAGAUCGAGAGGGUCGACGAUCAGGCACUGUAUAUCAAGGACAAAGGCAGAGUCCCCUACGGCAUGCUGAUCUGGGCGACGGGCAACAAGCACGUCCCGCUGCUGGACAAGAUCGACGUCAAACUGUCCCAGCGAGGACUCAAACGCAUCUUGACAGACGACCACCUCCGCGUCUUUGCGGGUGGAGAAACAGGCCAAGUCCACGACGGCGUAUUCGCAUUGGGCGACGCCGCCGACGUUGAAGGGGCGUCUCUGCCAACCACGGCCGAAGUCGCCGUGCAAAAAGCCCGCUACCUGGUACAGAACUUUAACGAGCUCGCCAAAUCCCUCGCCACAGCACAAUCCGGCCUCUCCAGCGCCAACGACGCGUUCGACAAACCCUUUGCGUACUCGCAGAAACAGCUCGUCUCGUACAUUGGCGCGCACGACGGCGUCAUCGCGGGCAAGGGGCCCAACUCCGACGGCUGGACGGGCAAGAGCGCCUGGCUGGCCUGGCGCAGCGGCAGUCUGAUGUGGAACCGCAACUGGCGGAGCCGGGUGGUCAUUGUCUUCACGUGGGUUUUGAAUCGGGUGUGGGGGAAGGAGAUUGCGAGGAUGUAA